AGAGUAAAGAUGCGCUCUUGCUGUUUUGUAACAACAGUUGAUAGCAGGUUUUUGAUUGCUUGUGGUUUCUGGGACAAUAGUUUUAGAGUGUUUUCCACAGAAUCUGCUAAAAUUGUACAGAUUGUCUAUGGUCACUUUGGAGUAGUAACAUGCUUGGCUAGGUCAGAAUGUAAUAUCACAUCUGAUUGUUACAUUGCUUCUGGAUCUGAAGAUUGCACAAUCCUGUUGUGGCACUGGAAUGCCAGAACACAAUGUAUAGCUGGAGAUUUGUUAAAUUGUCCAGAUAUUCCAACACCCCGAGCCACUUUAACUGGACACGAAAGUGAAGUGACAUGCAUUGUUGUAUCUGCUGAACUUGGCCUGGUGGUUAGUGGAUCUAAAGAUGGGCCAGUUUUAGUGCAUACCACAAACGGUGAUUUACUGCGAUCUCUUGAGGCUCCUGAAAACUUCAAAUCUCCAGAAUUGUGUGCUUUGUGUCGAGAAGGCCUAGUUGUUGUCUGUUAUGAUUCUUGCAAUGUGUGUUGCUUUACCAUCAAUGGACGCCGACUUCGCAGUGAAACACAUCACCACCCAAUUCAGUGUUUGGCAAUGAGUCGUGAUGGAGAAUACAUGAUGACUGGUGGCGAUAAAGGCAUUGUUGAAGUUUGGCGGACAUUCAACCUGGCUCUACUAUAUGCAUUCACGGCUUGUGACAGUGGAGUGCGCUCAUUGGCAUUAACACAUGAUCAAAAAUUUCUAUUAGCAGGUUUGGCUAACGGAUCUGUGACUGUUUUCUACAUUGAUUUCAAUCGGUGGCAUCAUGAAUUCCAGCAACGUUACUGAAAAGUCCACAGACUCGAUCUUUCGUCAGUAACUUGUGCAGAUUGCGAACUCUGGCGCCCUCGUCAGUCCAUUCGGUGCGGGCCGUCGGCUCGCAUCAAAAACCGGCCAACCACAGAGGGGGCACUAGACCACUGUCAUGCACUCGCCCACUUCUAAAUCAGUGAAUCAAGGCAAAUCACGGACCGAUCUCAAUGGAGAGUUUUUUUGUUCGUGCUUAGAA